ACUGCUCAUGCCCCUUAAGUUUCUCUGUCUGUAUACAAAAAACCAAGGACUCUCUCCAUUGCUUAUAUUUUGAAAAUGGUGAGCAAGUUGAGCAGCUGGGGGGGUUGGUUGUUUGUUUUCUUGAUGGUAAUUUCUGUUUUGUAUUGAUAUGAAGAGAGAUCCUCUUCAAUUGACAAAACCAGUUUGUACCCAUCACAGAACAAGACAAGAGCUAUAUACACAAACAAGUCUUGUUGCAGGAAAACAAACAAUCAUACAAAAACAACAGCAGCAACAUUCUUCUAAAAUGGCUGCUUCCACUGAUCACUACACCUCCCCAAUGAUGCCUGUUUUUGUUGCUUUCCUUUUUGUUGUUGCUUCCUCUUCUAUUUCCCCUGUUGUCCUGUCUCUCCCAACUUCCUCGGAUUCCGGGGACCGGGUACCGGUAAACCAGACUUUCAGGCCAGGUAAAGAGCUUCAGAGGAUAAAGAGAGUCCAUGCUCUUUUGAAGAAGAUCAACAAGCCUGCUGUCAAGACAAUUCAGAGCCCUGAUGGUGAUGUAAUUGAUUGUGUAUUAUCCCAUCAACAACCUGCGUUUGAUCAUCCUGAGCUUAGAGGGCAGAAACCAUUGGAUCCACCAGAAAGACCAAAAGGCCUGAAUUACACAACAGAAGAGACAGAAGCAGAGCUGUUUCAGCAAUGGAGAGAUUCAGGUCAAUCAUGUCCGGAAGGAACAAUUCCAAUCAGGAGAACCACAGAGAAAGAUAUUCUAAGAGCAAGUUCCAUCAAGAAAUUUGGCAGGAAACUAAGAAGACAUGUAAGAAGAGACUCCUCAGGCACUGGUCAUGAGCAUGCAGUGGUGUUUGUUAAUGGUGAUCAAUAUUAUGGAGCAAAAGCAAACAUAAACGUUUGGGCUCCCCGCGUAACCAACGCGUAUGAAUUCAGCUUAUCACAAGUAUGGCUAAUCUCUGGUUCAUUUGGCAAUGAUCUUAAUACCAUUGAAGCUGGUUGGCAGGUGAGUCCAGAGUUGUAUGGAGACAACUACCCCAGAUUUUUCACUUAUUGGACAACGGAUGCAUACCAAACAACUGGGUGCUACAACUUACUUUGCACAGGCUUUGUACAAACCAACAACAAGAUUGCCAUUGGAGCAGCAAUAUCUCCAAGGUCUAUCUACAAUGGCAGACAAUUUGAUAUUGGCCUUAUGGUUUGGAAGGAUCCAAAGCAUGGACAUUGGUGGCUCCAAUUUGGAUCAGGACUACUGGUAGGGUAUUGGCCUGAAUUUUUGUUCAGUCACAUGAGAAGCCAUGCAAGCAUGGUUCAAUUUGGGGGAGAAAUUGUGAACUCAAGAUCAUCAGGCUACCACACAUCAACCCAAAUGGGUAGUGGACAUUUUGCAGAGGAAGGAUUUGGAAAAGCUUCCUAUUUUAGGAACUUGCAGGUUGUGGAUUGGGACAAUAACUUGCUUCCAUUGACAAAUCUCCAUCUCUUGGCUGAUCAUUCCAAUUGUUAUGAUGUUAGACAAGGAAGAAAUACUGUUUGGGGGACUUAUUUUUACUAUGGAGGCCCUGGAAGGAAUGUAAGAUGUCCUUAGAAGAAAUAUUUAUUGCAUAGAAGUUACACAGAGCAAAAUAUAUUUUUCUCCUUUUCUUUUUUGGGUUUCAUUUUUUUUUUUUGGGUUAAUAGAAGUUUGAGAGUUAUGUAAAUCAUUCAAAUUGUUUAUAAAUUAAAUGGGUUUCCUGUAUGUUUUCAUUUC